GCUCUCUGCCGAAACGACCACCUCUUGAGAAACUCCAACAGCAGACGAGAAAAGACCAUAUGAAGGCCAUGGCCGGGGUCAAAGCAUUCCCCACCAUCAAGACCAUACGAACCUUUGUCAUCGAAGGCGUUGGCUCGGGUGGUGAUUACCACAAUGUGAAGGGCGGUCACUGGCUCAUCGACAACAAGAUUUCGACUCCCAUGUCCAAAUGGGAGCGAUAUCGAAAGUCCCGCACCUCUUUUGGUAUCAACGUCUUGGGCUCCUUUUGCGUCGAGAUCGAGGCUACAGACGGUACCACUGGGUUUGCCACUGGAUUUGGAGGACCACCAGCGUGUUGGCUAGUGCAGCAGCAUUUUGAGAGGUUUCUCGUCGGUCGGGAUCCUCGAGAUGUCAACGAUCUGUUCGAGCUCAUGUACAAAGGGUCCAUGUUUUACGGACGCAAGGGUUUGCCUGUUGCAGUCAUUUCAGUCCUGGAUCUGGCUUUGUGGGACCUCUUGGGCAAGAUCAGAAACGAACCGGUGUACAAAAUGAUCGGGGGCAGUACCCGAGACAAGCUACACUUUUACUGCACAGGCCCUGAACCUGCAGCAGCACAAAAGAUGGGCUUCGGCGGUGCUAAAGUUCCCUUGCCAUACAGUCCCGAGGAGCCUGAAAGUCUGAAAAAGAACAUUGCAUUCCUGAAAAAGCACCGUGAGGAUAUCGGACCAGACUUUCCCUUGAGGGUUGACUGCUGGAUGUCUCUCAACGUCCAAUAUACUAUUGAGCUCGUGUCAGAGGCCAAGCGACAAGAUAUUCGAAUAGAUUGGUGGGAAGAGGUCCUGUCUCCUGACGACUUUGACGGAUUCCAACUCUUGAAGAGAGCACAUCCAGACACGAAAUUCACUACAGGGGAGCACGAAUAUUCUCGAUAUGGGUUCCGCAAGCUUCUCGAGGGCAGAAACGUCGACAUCAUCCAACCAGAUGUCAUGUGGUUGGGAGGCCUCACUGAGCUUCUCAAGGUUUCUGCCAUGGCUGCGGCCUAUGAUGUUCCCGUCGUUCCUCAUGCCUCUGGACCAUACUCAUAUCACUUCGUUGUCAGUCAGCACAAUUCGCCGUUCCAGGAAUACCUCGCCAACAGCCCUGAUGGGAAAAGUGUGCUUCCGGUAUUUGGAGAUCUCUUCCUGAACGAGCCGAUACCGACACAAGGAUAUCUCGAUGUCAGCGUUCUGGACAAGCCUGGCUUUGGCUUGGAGCUGAACCCAAAGGCCCGAUUAGUCGAUGCGACUGGACUACUUGGCAUGAGGCCUCAGCGUUCUCUACCUCUGCCUUUAGAGAAGACCGAGGGCAAGGAGAAUGUGGAAAAGGUUGUGAAUGGUGAUUACAACCCUUAA